AAAGAAGUCGAGCGCCGCCGCCGACACGCGAUAAAUGAAGCGAUCGACUCGCUUGCCACCAUCGUACCCGGUUGCGAAGCCAAGACGACGAACAAGGGCAGCAUCAUCACACAGGCUGUUGCGUACAUCCACGACCUCAAGAACAACGAGGCGAGCAACAUUGAGAAGUGGACGCUCGAGAAGCUCCUUAUGGACCAGGCGCUCGACGACGCGCGCAACGAGGCCGAGCGCGCCAUCCGC